AUGGGUGGCAAGAUCGAUGCUUACAUAGACAUUGCAUCACUGUAUAGUUAUAUCGCCUUCACUCACAUAGUCAACAACCAGGAACUUCUUGCAGCUCAUGGGGUCCAGAUAGAUAUCCACCCGGUUCUUCUUGGUGCCAUCAACAACGCUUCAGGAAAUAAACCACCAUGGACCCUCCCAGCCAAGGCAGAGUACGGCACCUUUGACGCCCGCCGCUCCUCCGCCCGAGCAGGCAAGCCCGACAUCACCACCCCCGAGAGCUUCAUGGAGCGAAGCAUGACGAUCGGCCCCCUCCGCGCCCUGCACUUCAUUAAGGCAAACUACCCAGACGCCACCUACCAGACGGCAUGGCACUGGUUCCUCCACUGCUUCUGGGAGCCGCCCAACCUCAACCUCACGAAGCCCGACGUCCUGGCCAAGGCGAUCGCGGACGCGCCUAAGCAGUACCCACCGCCCGCCGGCGGCAACACGCAAGAAGGAUUGUUCAGCGAGGCGGACGUGAAGAAGAUCCUGCAGGGGGCCGGGUCGCAGGAGAUCAAGGACUCGGUCAAGGCCAAGACGCAGGAGGCGAUUGAUCAUGGUGCGUUUGGCGCGCCGUGGUUCUGGGCUGUGAACGAGCAGGGCAAGGGCGAGCCCUUUUUUGGGAGCGAUAGGUUUCACUUCAUCUAUGAGUACCUGGGCGUCCCUUACCAGGACAUUGCCAUCUUGCCACCUGGAGGCAAGGCGACCGCGAAGCUGUAG